CGUCAUAAUGUUGUCCUUGUCGAGCCUUCCAGCUAUAUCCUCAAGGUUGUUAACCAGCUUCAAUACCUUUUGAAGGGGCCGGAAAUUGUACAAAAGGCACACGUAAAAAAGAUGUUCCAGCCCAAGUAUACCAUGAACGGCCUCGAAUACGACGACUGCAUGAGCGCCAACGGGACUGUCCACCAGCGAGCCCUGCAAGCGGAGCUGCGAUCCCACCUGCCAACCCUAACCCAGCCGUUGCAUGACUGCAUAGCCCAAGCGCUCGCCGCAGAGAUCACAGCCCACAAGCCCCAGUCUGGGGAAUGGCGCGCAGUGCCCAUCUUCCCCAUGGCCAAGCGCCUGAUCACCGCCGCCAACGCCCUGGUCUUCUUCGGGCCCGAGGUCUCAAGCGACCAGGUCUUCCUCGACGCCGCGCUCGAGUACCCCGAACACCUCAUGGAAACUGCCGAAGCGCUGCGCCUGCUCCCUGCCUGGGUCGCGCCCUUUGCAGCGCCGUAUCUAAUGCGCCGCCACCGAGCGGUGAAGAUCCUGCUGGAUCGUCUCACCCCCGUCGUCGAGGCGCGGAUCCGCAACAACAACAGCAGCACCACCACCACCACUGCCCCGGAACAUGCAGACUGCAUCCAAUUCUUCGUCAACGCGGCCGCGCGCAAGAACCAGCAACACGAAUGGCCGGCCCAGCGCAUCAUCCAGGUCCUGCUAGGCGUGUGGUUCGCCUCCGUCCACCAGCCAGCCAUGUGUCUCUUCUAUGCCCUAGACGACCUCUGCCUGCAUCCCGAGUUCACGUCUGCGCUACGCGACGAGGUCGUCCGCGCCGCUAUGCCCCAACCAACCACCACCACCACCCAACAACCAGAAAUCAACCCCAACCACCUCCCCCUCCUCACCAGCUUCCUCAAAGAAUCCGCCCGCCUGCACCCAACCGAUUCCAUCUCCCUGCGCCGCAAACAACAUCCUCCGAUUUCACAGACGCAGACGUCACCUUCCCGAUCUGGGGGCUGGGCAAACGCGCCUGUCCCGGACGGUAUUAUGCGUCGGUGCUUCUGA